AUCUCUCACCUUCCAGCCCUUUGAAUUUCUCUCUUGCACGUUGCUUUCCUUCUUGCCCUUUUUUUCUUUUAUUUUCUUUUGUUUCCCCCCUAGUGCGUAGUGUUCUAUCUAUUCUCUUACGCUCUCGCUCUCUAUCUCUAUCCAUCUCUCUUUCUCUCUGCUUCUUUCUUCCUUGUCUUUCUAUUGCUGUGUGUAUAUCUCUCACUACCGAAAGCAGUUCAGUGACACAGAAAAGGCCGUACCACCGACGCGUAAAAGAAAGGGCACGUCGCACAUUCUCGACUGCGGAGAAAACGCACCAGUAGAGAGUGUUGUGACCUAGUGCACAGUGCACAGGCACCGACUUCCAGUACUGUACAGGCGAGAGUAGGUGUACGUGGUGUGUGUGGCCAGACACAGAUAUAUGGCUGCACCGUUGCUCGUGGUGAGGUGCACGGCGCAGUCCACGGACAGGACCAACCAACGUCUUCCCGACCUUCGCACAGUGUUGGUGAUACCGCGCUUACCUCAUCUUCGUUGCCCGGGAAACGGUGGUAGUGGUGGUGGUGGUGUUGGUAGCAGUAGUAGUAGUUAUAAUCUUCGAAAGUCAUCGUCAGGUGCCUCCCAAUAUCUGCGCGCCAUCCAAAUAACGUCAUCCGUCCAGUGCGGUGGAGGCUGGAGUCGAAGAGCUAGUGGUACUGGUGUAACGGCGAUAUCAACUCCCCAAGUGGAAAGGUAGGAAGAUGUCACACACAAGCUAUCCACACCUCCAUCAUGCCCUGCAAUAUCCUCUGCGGCCAAGCAAACAAUCCACAGCAUCCGAAUCCGUGAUGCCGUGUAUUCCGGCUGGUGGGAACUGCUCACUAAACGCGUGAGGUUAGCGCGUUAAAAAUGGUGGCACACAAACAAUGGCGCAAUUAGCAAACCGAUCCACGCCAAUCAACCUGAAGAGGGCGCCCUUUACAUACCGACUAGGAAAGGGGGGAAAACGCACGCACGCACACACACGCGCGCGUACUCCCCCGAGCCCGCAAUCUAUCAAUAAUUUGCACGCGGAAAACUAGCACGAGCUGUGUGUGUUUGUGUGUCUGUGCCAGUGAAUGAGUGAAUGAGCUCUUGCUCCCUUGAUGUUUGAAACCUUCGCCCUCCCUUGGGUUAUUAGAAAUUAAACUACUCCACCAUUAGUGCAUUCGUGGAGUUUCCGAUUUUUUUUUGACGCGCGGCUGAAAGAAAAUAUAUGUGGGAGAACUUUAGACUUAUUAUAGUGUGAACAUUAUUCUACUCGGUCGUGCUGGACACGAUUCACUUCAAGCAACCUGUCAGUCUCAAUCUUAUCAACUGCAAAGCAUUUUAAAAAGGAAGAAGAAACAAAAAAGCAACAACUCGAUCUUCGGCUCAACUAGCAACUGGUAGCGGUGUGGUAAACAGUGCAGGGAACGCAUACAAUCGACGCCUACAGAGAGAGCAGACCGAGUGAGCGUGUAAUCGUUUAAAACCACCCCCGGAAACACCGAUUAUCGCACCUGUCAAAAUGGCCGGUGACGACAUUACCUUCAUCUUCCAGUUUGGGAAUCUGCGCGACAUCACCACGGUGGAGUCGAGUGCUCUCACACUUAAAACACUCAAAGAGCUGGCCUGUGAAUUCAUCAACAGUAAGAUUCCGGAGAAUGGUUUAAAUCGACUCCCGGAACGGUUACUGCUCUUCCGGCACGAUUACGAAUCGCACAAUGUGCUGCAGAUGGUGACGUCCGCUUCCGACAUCGUUGACGAGACGCUGGUUGAGAUCGUGCUCACUGCCAACCAAACGUUGCUUCCUCCAGCUAACAGUGGACCAGCACUGCACCGAAAUAACGUGCCGAUUGCUCAAGAGGAUAUACCGCUCGUACGGCCCCACGCACUCAACGUGCACUCGUACAAAGCGCCCACGUUCUGUGACUUUUGUGGCGAGAUGCUGUUUGGGCUCGUUCGCCAGGGGCUAAAGUGUGAUGGGUGCGGGCUCAACUACCAUAAGCGCUGUGCAAUCAAAGUGCCAAACAACUGCAGCAGGGUGGAGCAUACCGGUGUGCUGCAGCAGUCCCAUUCGCAACAGCACAGUAACGGCAGCGGCAACAGUGGCAGUGGCCGUCGGUCCGGUUCCGCCGGCGGUAGCCUGCUGUCAUCGAUGACGGCCGCCGUUAUGCCGGCCCGCAGCCCAUCCGGUGGCUCUAGCAACUCCUUAGCGUCCGACGAAACGGCCGGCGCCGGAACAAUGCUGUCUACUACCAUUCGGCAAAGUCGGUCACCAUCGCUUACGAGCCGUGGAGUCGUCGGUGGCCACCCGAUCAAGAUCCCGCACAGCUUCUCCAUUCACACGUACACCCGACCGACGGUGUGUCAGUACUGCAAGAAGCUGCUGCGGGGACUGUUUAAGCAAGGCGUCCAGUGUCGUGACUGCCACUACAAUGCCCACAAAAAGUGCAUCGAGAAGGUACCGAAGGAUUGUACUGGUGAGAACACACAGCCGGUAGAUGUGCACGAUGAUCGGAGCCUGUCGAGUGAUCGGGAGUUGCUGUACAAAGACGAUCCAGAAGACGAAAGUGACUUCGAUGACAAUCCAUUCGGCCAGACGGGCCGACGGCCUGGUGGUGUUGGCGGUGUGGGGACCAGUACCGGCAUGGUACUGGCAAAGGAAGGAACCGGAAAAGAUUCAUCAUCCGGCGGAGAGAGUUCACCGGGCAAGAUGAACGGUGGUAAUGCGGUUCCGGCACCGGCGUACCAUUUGCUGGACGACUCGGAUGACAACCGGCUGGAGGUGAUCUGCGAACAAUCGCGCCAAUCGUCAAGCAAUUCAUCGUCCUCGCCGAGCGCAAACAUUCCGCUGAUGCGUAUCGUGCAGUCGGUGAAGCACACCAAACGUCGGGACGGGCGCGCUACGAAAGAAGGCUGGCUGGUGCACUUCACCAGCAAGGAGAAAACGAUCAAGCGCCAUUACUGGCGGCUCGAUUCGAAGGCAAUCACGCUGUUCGUGUCGGAUCAGGGCAGCAAGUACUACAAGGAGAUACCGCUAAACGAGAUCGUGGCGGUGGAGGCGGCACGGACGCUACAGGGUGAAGUGCUGCACUGCUUCGAAAUACGGACCGCCACGAUAGACUACUACGUCGGGCAGGACCCGCUGUACAACAUGAAGCAUCACACCGAUCCGGUACUUGCGUUACCACCGCCGGACAGUGGUGUCGGUGCGUAUCUUGCGAAAAGCUGGGAAACAGCCAUCCGGCAGGCACUGAUGCCAGUCCAGACCGGUACUGGGCGGUCCGAGGCACACGGAACGGGUAGCAGUGCCACCGAACCGGAGGAGCGUGUCACCGACAUGAGCCAACUGUAUCAGAUCUUCCCGGACGAGGUGCUCGGUUCGGGCCAGUUCGGGAUCGUGUACGGUGGUGUGCAUCGGAAAACGCACCGUGCGGUUGCGAUCAAGGUGAUCGACAAGCUGCGCUUUCCGACCAAGCAGGAAGCGCAGCUAAAGAACGAGGUAGCAAUACUGCAGAACCUGUCCCAUGCGGGCGUCGUUAAUCUGGAGCGUAUGUUCGAAACCCCAGAGCGGAUCUUCGUCGUGAUGGAGAAGCUGAAAGGGGACAUGCUAGAGAUGAUACUCUCGCAUCAGAAUGGUCGACUAAACGAGCGUGUCACCAAAUUUCUGAUCACACAAAUACUCGUUGCCCUGAAGUACCUGCACAGCCGUAACAUCGUACAUUGCGAUCUCAAACCGGAGAAUGUGCUACUUUCGUCAGACAAUGAAUUUCCCCAGGUGAAGCUGUGCGAUUUCGGAUUCGCUCGCAUCAUUGGGGAGAAAUCAUUCCGACGAUCGGUCGUCGGUACGCCUGCUUAUUUGGCACCAGAAGUACUGCGCAACAAGGGCUACAACCGUUCACUGGACAUGUGGAGCGUUGGUGUCAUCAUCUACGUCAGCUUGAGUGGUACCUUUCCGUUCAACGAGGAUGAGGAUAUUAAUGAUCAAAUUCAGAACGCCGCCUUCAUGUACCCGCCAAACCCGUGGAAGGAGAUCUCCUCCGAUGCAAUUGAUCUGAUUAACAACCUGCUACAGGUGAAGCAACGUAAACGGUUCACGGUAGACAAGAGUCUGCUGCACUGCUGGCUUCAGGAUCUCCAGACCUGGAACGAUCUGCGUGCGCUAGAGUCGCAGGUCGGGCUGCGCUAUCUCACACACGAAUCGGACGAUGCCCGAUGGGCGGUGACGGCCGGUAGCGGAUGCCAUACCGGGGGUGGUCCAUGACCCGUCGCCUCGGCCGGAUCGGCCGGGGGACGUCUGCCCUCGCUACCCUUCAUACAGGAGUCGUCAACACCGCCCACUGAUGAACCGGCGACCUCGACGGCAGUCCCUAUCUCCCGGCACGCGUCCGAGUACUGUGUGGGCGGACCGGGCGCCAAAUCGUACGGUCAUCCGCAUCAACCUUCUCUGCUGUUUCAUGACUUCCGUGGCAAGGCGUACCGAUGGAUGCGCGGACGGUUCUGCCGGUUUGUGAAGGCUUAAGGGUGCCUAAACAAACCGUAUCGAACUAUUCUCACUACGGUCCGCUGUACGUGAUGAGCUGAUAUUGUUUUAAAACCGAAAACCUACUCGAACCGCUUAAUCUCUCCAAUCGAUAGGGUUGAUUUUAGAUAUAUUUACACACCUGCACGAACAUCAACAUUCACACAUUUAAACACACAUCUUUUUCGAUAUUAUUGUAUAGGUUUUACGAGGUUAUGUGUAAACGUUUGACGUUAUAAUUUGUUUUCUACUUAAAUCGGAUCGUUCCGGAUUGUUCCGGAAGCAUUAUUUGCGUUGUUUUUGGUGACGAACUUUUGAGCAAAGUUUUUUUUAAUGAAUGACUCUACGGUGCACCGUUAAGGUGUACCACUAUCACUGGUUAAGGAGGUUAAGCUUUUGUUAAAUUGUACAUUUUAUUGCGCUUUUUGUUGAGGGAAACCAUCCCGGAAGCCCACGCCUAAUGCUUCCACUGUAUCGCUAGUUUGUUUAAGUUUUGGAGCUAAAUUUCAUUCCAUUAAGAGCGUUUAGGUUCACCAACCAAAAUGGCGUCGAUAUCCACAUUCUUCUUUUAUAACUCUACUCGAUGGACAGUAUCGGCCGGCCGGACUUCCGCGUUUGGAUAUUCUUUUUACAAUCGAUUGUUGUUGUUUUAAUAAUGAAUUACUACACCGUGCGAUGUUUAUAUGACGCGUUCUAAUAUGUUUUUCCGUCAAAAAAAUAAUACAUUCCUUUACACGAUUACCGGGACGUCCGGUAGAGUGGUCACCUAGCGGCAACUCACCUCCCUUCCUUUCGGUCUGUUACAUCUCUUUUAGUUUGGGACGAAUAAAAGAAACAAAAUAACACACCAUUGGCAUCCUGCUCGCCAUCUUUGCUCGCUAGCGAUCGCAUUAGCGAUCAAACAAACUUUUCAAGUGCCUAUACAAACGCGGAAGCGUAACGAAACCGUUCGGUCGGAGGUUUCUAUUUGCUGCAGUUGUGCAUACACGCUGUCAAUCGAAGAAAUCAUAAAAACCACGCGCAUGCGGGCACACAAACACUUAUAUACUUGGGUAUCGAAUCUGUCCGAUAAACUACAUCUGAAGGUGAGAUAUUUUAUUUUCCGGUUUUGUUGUUACCAUUUUCAUUUCUUUUUAUUGUUUUUAAACCAGCAAUCGUUAGCAACGUAAUGCGGUGUUGCAUACAGGAUUACACAUUGACUGGAUAGUGCCAAUGGCAAAAGAAGAACAAAAAAAGGGAGAUAGAUAGGGAAGAAAACCGAAGCGUUGAAUAGAGAAAACACUGGGAAACGUACGUUACUAUCUACAUCCUGUUCAUAAGAUACCUCACCUUAUUAAAAGAAGAAGCAAAAAUACAAACAAAAAACAUAAGCGUCUUUUCUAUCGCUUUUCAUGUACUUUAAGCACUCGUAAUGAAAAAGACUAAGCAACUAAUAGUAAUAGAACGAACCACACAAAACACAACUAGAUGAGAAGCGGGUUUAACAAAGAAGAAAAAUAACAACAAAAACGACGAAAGUAAACAAACAAGGAAAAAAGUUAAAAACAUAAAAGUGAACGUUUUAAGAGAAGAAAUCACCACAGUACAGAAAACAAAUGCGAGAAGCGAAUGCAAACAAAAACUAUAGUAACAUACGAUAAAGGCAAAAUAGCAACAACAAAUAACAAAGAGAAAAGGAAAAGAAAAACAAAACCGCACAUAAUUUUUGCUCCCUAUUUAGCACACGCAAAACUUAACAGCGGCACUGCAGUGAACAGGAUAAGAAAGAAGAGAAAGGGAUGCGCAAAAUAGAACAUAAACACAAACAAUCAACAAAAGCGCUAACGUAUGCAUCUAGUUAUACAUACAUUUAUACAACAGAUAUAUUAUAUUAUAUAGA